AUGUCUAUCCGAGUACAGAACCAGAGUACGAAACCCAACCCAGUGCAGAAAGGAGCAAGACAGGAAUGUUCAAUAGAAGGUUCAAUAGAAGGUUCAAUAGAAGGUUCAAUAGAAGGUUCAAUAGAAGGUUCAAUAGAAGGUUCAAUAGAAGGUUCAAUAGAAGGUUCAAUAGAAGGUUCAAUAGAAGGUUCAAUAGAAGGUUUAAUGGAAGGUUCAAUAGAAGGUUCAAUAGAAGGUUCAAUAGAAUGUUCAAUAGAAGGUUCAAUAGAAGGUUCAAUAGAAGGUUCAAUAGAGGGUUCAAUAGAAGGUUCAAUAGAAGGUUCAAUAGAAGGUUCAAUAGAAGGUUCAAUAGAAUGUUCAAUAGAAGGUUCAAUAGAAUGUUCAGAAGAAGGUUCAAUAGAAGGUUCAAUAGAAGGUUCAAUAGAAGGUUCAAUAGAAUGUUCAAUAGAAGCUUCAAUAGAAUGUUCAAUAGAAGCUUCAAUAGAAUGUUCAAUAGAAGGUUCAAUAGAAAGUUCAAUAGAAUAUUCAAUAGAAUGUUCAAUAGAAGGUUCAAUAGAAGGUUCAAUAGAAGGUUCAAUAGAAGGUUCAAUAGAAGGUUCAAUAGAAGGUUCAAUAGAAGGUUUAAUAGAAUGUUCAAUAGAAGGUUCAAUAGAAUGUUCAAUAGAAUGUUCAAUAGAAGGCUUUAGGAUGAACACGAACAAGAUUGAAAUCAUGUCUAACGUCCAUGUCACACCUAUACCGGAUAUAAUUGAGAACGCUAUGCUCGAAGUUGUCGACGACUAUGUAACAUUAUAG